AUGAAUUUAUUUCAGCACAAGCAUCAGAAAUUGAUCUUACAGUGCUAUCCUGCGGGAAAGGCUACUGACAAGAAACCAAACUCAUCCGAGUUGAGUUAUUUAUUAUACUAUGCAUCCACUAGACGAGUCAAAUUAGAAAAAGUCAUCAACUUUAUCAGAGAUAAAACCCAACAUGAUGUCCAUAGAAACCGUACUGGGAAUUUACAGGUCACAUUAGCUAUUGUUCAAGAAUUAAUUCAAAAGUGUAAUGAUAACUUAAAUGUUUUUGCACUUCAAGUGUGUCAAAUUUUGCAGAUUAUCAUUAAUACCAAGGAACUCGCUUUAUGUAAAAGCGUGGUUAAAACCUUUAGCAUCCUUUGUGAUAAUUUAGAUGGUGGUUUGUUUACUGGUGAUAAAGAAUUUGUCAAGAUAUUCACGGACGUUUUCCUGAUUUUGGCUGGCAUUGGAAAAGAUAGAUCUGGUGUAUCUCAAUAUGACUGGCAAAUGAUUUCUUUGAUGUCCAUCAACUAUAUCUCUAAAUGUUUGAGUUACAACCAGACUUGUGGGAAAAAAUUCAUUGCUUUAUCCAUCCCAACUUUGAUUCAAACAAUCGCUACUAACAACUCACAAACUGUUCUUGAGAAGAAAAUAAGAUCCAAUCUUCAUGAAGAAGAUAAUGGUAAGAGAUUGUCGCGAGUUCAGCUGCAAAAAUCGCAAAGGGUGAUAGCACAACAAAUUGAUGACAAUUUUCUUAAUGAUACAUUAACUUUGGUAGAUGUCAAUGAAGAGGCAUUUUCAUCCUUGAAGUCAUUUUUCAAUACUAAUACUGCCAGUCAAAUAUCUGAAGUCACACGUGCAGUUGUACAACAUAAUAUGGUCAAUGGAACUGAUUUGGAGUGGGGUGUUUUGCUCUUGGAAUUGUGUAUUACAUGGAUUCCGGUUCAAUUACGUUUUGUCAGUUUAUCUACAUUGUUGGCUACUUUGGGAAGAAUCAAUAUUGAAGGAAAUUCCAAAUCUAAUUACAACCUGCAAUUCCAGUAUGCUCGUUAUUUAUUAGGUUUACUUUCAUCUAAAGUCAAUAUGAUUGGUUUGUCUGUAUCUGAUAUUAUUCAGCAAUUAUUAACUUUGCAAACUGAUUUGAUCUUGAAAACCAGUGAUUUAGACAAAAGUGAUAUUUCAAUUUUAACCGAUAUUUAUUCGGAUUGUAUCUGCAGUUUGACAACACACAUUUACUACUACGAUCAAGUUCCAGAUUCCAUCCAAGAAAUUUUAUUGAAAAUGGACUUUGUUUUAGAUAGCAGCUUUGUUGACGAUACCAAUCCCACCAUUACAGGUGAACAAAUUCAUGAUGUAAUUAUCCAAUUGUUAGAUAACAUCUCGAAGAUUUUCCUUAUUUUAAAAAAUAAGACAAGCUCCAUUAAUCGUAACCAUGUUAAUUUAGAACAUUGGGAUAUCAGUUUAGGAUUGUUGGCUCCUGAGAGUGAAUCGGAUUUACAUGCUAAAACUAUUUUGACUACUCAUCAACUUAUCAGUAUUCAAGCUAAAUAUUUAAAAGUUUUUGAUGAGUUUUUGGCAAACGAAUUAGUAGUUGGAAAAUCUAAACAAAGUUAUGAUCCAGCAUAUAGGCAACCACGUUUGGACCCAGGAAGUCUGAACAACGAUAUUUUACAUCAUGACAAAGAUAGUCAAGAAAAGGGUCAUGAUUAUAGGCAACCAGAUGCUAACCAAUACAUUACCCAGCAACAAAAUUUUAUUUCCCACUUUCUCAUGUACAUUGAUAAAUUCUUUGAAAGCUACGAUUCUCCAAACACAGAAUUGGUAUUGCUUUUGGUUGCAGUGCUGAAACAUAUGAUUAGCAUUUUGGGUUUAAACUUUGUGUCCAAUUUCAUUCCAUUUUUCCAUCAUUGGGUCAUGAAGGUGAACAAAUCUACUACAUUCACACAAAGACAAAAAUUCAAAGACACUAUUGCCCAUAUUAUCUUGUAUUACAUUUUGAAAGGAUUAGAUGAACAAUACAGUCAUGACUUGCAGAAUUAUUGUAAGAAUUCAAAGUUGUUUAAGCAAAUAUUAGACGCUGUGGAAUAUAGAAAAUUACAUAAAUAUUGGGUCCAUGGUAUUGAUUCCUCCCCAUCUGAUUUGGAAAGUACCAAGAGCAACAGAGUUCUUCCAACUGACGUAAAUGGUAACCAAAUUCCAAUUAGGAUAAGACCAGAAAAUAUCGAAGAGUUUGCAUGUGGUAACAACUUUUUGAUUGUUUGGUUACACCCACAAAAACCAUUGCUUACGGAAAUUGAGAAAUCGCAAAUAAGCACUCACAUGAGUACAUUCAACAAUGAUUCAAGAAACACCAACAACACUUUUAUGGUUGACCAAGGGUCACUGUUUGGAUCCGGACCCGGUAUGACUGCUAAUACGACUGCAAGUGCUGCAGCAGCUGCUUUGGCUCAUUCAAGUUCCAUAGCAGAAGAAGCUGGUGGACAUUUCAUACCACCAGCAGAUUUCGUUCAACGUUCAGGUUUAUCUUCGGAUGCCGCCUCAUCGAACUCAGAAGCUGGUUUUAUACAUUGGUUUAGGUUUAGGAACUGCGGGUGA